AUGACGGCCGAGAGCGGGCCGCCGCCGCCGCCGCCGCCGCCGGAGGCGCUGGCGGCCGUGAAGGAGGAGCGCGGUGAGGCGGGGGCCGGCGCGGUGCCUGCGGAGGCCGCGGGUCGCGGCGCCGGUGGGCGGCGGCGGAAGCGCCCCCUGCAGCGGGGCAAGCCGCCCUACAGCUACAUCGCGCUCAUCGCCAUGGCCAUAGCGCACGCGCCGGAGCGCCGCCUCACUCUGGGCGGCAUCUACAAGUUCAUCACCGAGCGUUUCCCCUUCUACCGCGACAACCCCAAGAAGUGGCAGAACAGCAUCCGCCACAACCUGACGCUCAACGACUGCUUCCUCAAGAUCCCGCGCGAGGCCGGCCGCCCGGGCAAGGGCAACUACUGGGCGCUCGACCCCAACGCCGAGGACAUGUUCGAGAGCGGCAGCUUCCUGCGCCGCCGCAAGCGCUUCAAGCGCUCUGACCUGUCCACGUACCCGGCUUACAUGCACGACGCGGCCGCCGCCGCCGCCGCCGCCGCCGCCGCCGCCGCCGCCGCCAUCUUCCCGGGCGGCGUGCCCGCCGCGCGCCCUCCUUACCCCGGCGCGGUCUAUGCCGGCUACGCCGCACCGUCGCUCGCCGCGCCGCCCCCGGUCUACUACCCGGCCGCCUCGCCAGGCCCGUGCCGCGUCUUCGGCCUGGUGCCUGAGCGGCCGCUCAGCCCGGAACUGGGCCCCGCGCCCUCGGGGCCCGCCGGUUCCUGCUCCUUUGCCCCGGCCGGCGGCUCUGCGGCUAGCACCGCUUACCAGCCGGCCGGCUGCGCCGGUGCCCGACCCGCCAACACUUCCGCCUAUGCGGCCGCCUACGCUGGCCCCGACGGCACGUACUCGCAAGGGGCCGGCGGGGCCCUCUUCGCAGCGGCCGGCCGCUUGGCCGGGCCCGCUUCGCCCCGCGCGGGUGGCGGCGGCGGCGGCGUCGAGACUGCGGUGGACUUCUAUGGGCGCACAUCGCCCGGCCAGUUCGGAGCGCUGGGGCCCUGCUACAAUCCUGGUGGGCAGCUCGGAGCGGGCAGUGGAGGCGCCUACCACGCUCGCCACGCGGCUGCCUAUCCGGGCGCGGUGGAUCGGUUCGUGUCCGCCAUGUGAGCGGAGCAAACAGGCGAAAAGUCAUAGAUACCUCGACUGUCCUUACGAACUAAGUAUCCACGAAACCUGAGGACAGGACUGGACAGACGGCCGGAUUGAGAGCCACGUGGCAGGGACCGAGCCGGCGUGACAGGCGCAGACUCGGGCCACCGCGUACCCCGGGCGCCUGCCGGGCGGCUUUGAAAACGGGAGGUGGGGAGAAGCGUCCGAGGCCCACGGACUGGGACAACAGACCCUCAUAGAGGCGCAACUCUAAAGGUCUUGCCUUUGACAUUCUACCGGGGAGGGCCCUCGGCUCUAAA